GAACGGCGAACGGCGGCGGCGGCGGCGGCGGAGCUCAGUCGCGCUGUGGGCCCCGCACGGGAAGGGUCUGUGUCUGUCUGUGCGCUGGACGCUGGCUGGCCGGUACAGAGUGGAGUGUGGAGUGUGAGAAGGACAGAGUGCUCCGACUCGGGACACACAUUGGAGGCUGUUUGGAUGCUGUAUCAGGCGGUACCAGGCCGGUGACGUCAGCGGUCCAGCGCCGCCGACCCGCCGUAGCUCGUCGCGACCUGACCUGACCUGACCCAGCCAUGACGCCGGACGCCUCCUCGGUGCUGGGCCAGGUCACCUGGUCCGAGGAGGUCAGCUCGCUCUUCGACCUGCUCAAGACUCACGAGCUUCCCCUUCUGGUGAAGGUGCACAAGGGCCAGUACCUGAACGUCGGACCCGGCGGCCUGUCCAGCCUGGGCGUCCACAGCACCCUCCUGCUGACCUCCGGAGGCAGGCGGCGGCGGCUCGUCGCCCAGGGCGUCAAGUUCAAAGACAACCGCCGGUUGGUGUCUGUUGGUCAAAAACUCCUCAUCCCCGACACCUUCGAGGGCUUCUUUGAGAUCCUCUCGGAGGAAGGCCGGUCGGUGCGAGCUAUAGAGAGUGUCGCUGAGCUGGCGCGUCUCUUCCCAGACUCAUGCAUCGUGCGCUGCAACUGCAAGGCAUACGUCUCCAAGUCAGACAGUGUGGAGACGAUCACCGAGCGAUCGCGUACCAUUCAGAGCGGCGAGACACUGGUCUUGGUUGGUGAGGUGUCCCGGCCACGCGGCAGGGGUCCGGCGCGCUUCCUCCGCUGUUUUGAUAGCUCCGGAGAGAACGUCUAUCUACCGCACGAGCAGAAGGCCAAGUUCAGCGCCGUGGCGAAAGAGGAGAGUAUCAGUGGGGUGCACAGCGUGGGGAACAUCCUCAACAAGAGGCUGCCGCUGAACGUGCGCCUGGUGAGCGGCCGGCCGGUGGACGCGCCGCGGCUCGGCGGAGGGUUCGUGCCCGAGCUGCGCGUGCACACUACCUACGAGGAUGAGUUGGUGGUGGCGCUGCCUCUUCACAAGGACAGCGUGGUGGUAACUCUACCCACCACCGCCCCGCUCCGACUUCAGGUGGCCACCAAUGGAGACGCGCUGGCGAAGAGCGUCGAGUUCGGUCGGCUGUGCGAUCGCGCUGCUCAGGUGUGGCUGCAUGGAGUCGACAGGAUGCAUCCCUUCGACAUCCCGCUGCCAAAGGACCCACGAUUUGACGCCAAGGCGAAGGCGGCGCCGCGACCGCGGGGCUUCCGGAGGUCCAUCUCGACACCCAUGUCACGCGUCACGCGUCGCCACAGCGGUCAGACGGUCGACGAAUACGACGAGAUCGACCAGAUCUAUGACUACGUGCGAGGCUUCGCGCCGAUGCCGCGGGACGCGCGAGCCGCUGCGCUGGGUCACUCCGCUCCUGAGCCAGCGCCGGCGGCUGCAGCACCGCGGCGGCCUCAGGCAACAUCAAACGCCACCCAGACCCCUCCCACGUCGCAACCUGCCCCAGCCCCGGCGCCGGCGCGAGUUUCAGACCAGCCGCCAGAGCCGCCGCCGAUCGAGACGAUUCCCUCUCGACGGCUGUCGCUGGCUGCGGUCAGGCCGUUCAACCUCCACCCGGGUGUGUUCUCUGCCCAGAAGGUGGUGCGGCCCGAGCCUCCGCCCGACAAUCGAGUCUCUGCCGAGAAGAGGGCGCGUGAGGCGGCCGUGGCGGCGGUACGGCAGGGAGAGCCUCGUCCGGCCGGAAACCUCUUCACCAAGAAUUGUAACGCGAGGGCGAACCAGCGCUUCGCGGCGCAUAGGAAUGGUGGAGGGAUGAACAAAAUCAGUAACGUCCACGCGGCGCUGCCGGACGCGGUCCGUUCGACGGUCCGCUCCACUGUGCGCUCAACAGGUCCCUCGCCGCUGUUUGACCUGCGCUACAAGUCGCUCACUAACCUGCUCAUGGACUUUGACACGCUUGAGUCGAGCAACUCUGGCGGCAAGACGUCAGGAGGCGACUCGGGCGACUCAGCCCUGCUCAAAGGCAAGAUCUCGGAGAAGAAGGUGCACAAGCUGACGCGACCCAAGUCGCUGACCAACCUGGUGUGGGACGCGCACGCGCCGCCCCCGGAGAUGUUCAACAAGCCGAGCAUCAUCACCGACCACGAGCGGAAGCUGCGGCUCGAGCCGGGAGUCUACACCCGGCGCAGCCACAACAUCCUGCUCAACAACAAGUACAACAACCUGAAGAAGAUCGGCACGCUGUACUUGUAGAGAUGACGGUAACUGCUCCUCUCUGUCGGCUGCAGAAGCGCCUGGUGCGUGAUCGGCGGCGACAAUUCGUGAUAUCAUUCGGUCAGCUCCGGAUCGGGUCAGGUCGGGUCAGCUCCAACCUGUCUGCGCUGGGAAGGACAGAGUGGUGGCUGGGUCGGUGGGAGUCGGCUGGAUGGGGUAGGGCGCCGCGCUGAGGCCUGCGCUGACGCCGUGUCGAGUCGCUGUGUGACCGACCUUGUGGUGACCGGCCGGCGUGACCUUACCGUGGGAGGUAACCGUGCCACUGGGAGCUGAACGGUGGAGAUCGCCGCUGGACUGGACCGCCGACCGGCCGAGCCUCGCUGCAGCGGCUCGCCAGGUCACACAGCUCGGCAUCGACCCCCAGUCCCAGUCUCACAGCCCCUGUCCCAGUACCCAGUCCCACAGCCCCUGUCCCAGGCCCAGUCCCAGUCCCAGUCCCGAAGGUCUCAGUCCCCGCUCAGCUCUGAAGUCUGGGCACGUGACCCAGCCCCGUUCCCGGGGACACUUGAGGGCUCGUCCGGCGCGUGCGGGCUCAGAACCCCGGCGCGGGCCGCGGGCUCAGAAGGUCUUUCGUUGUGCUUAUCGCGCGGCCGUGCGCCGCGGGUGAUACGUACGCCGUUUUGCGUUGUUCCCACAGUGGAUGUGUAUACGAUAAACCUGCCCGGAACUAUCGUAUGUGAGCGAUGGGAUGACAUUUACUCUUCCGUAGAGUUUUGUGGGUUGUGUAGAGAGGUGACGCGCUGCCAUCGACCAGAUGACAACGUGGUCAGACUACAUACAAUGGCGCGACGGAGACGAACACUGCGCUGGAGACGCUCAGCUAGAACACGGUCACAGGCGAAUCGUGUGUAGUCCAAUGUCCAGCCGUGGGAAAAGCGAGGGUCAAUCAUCAGCGAAAUGUUUGUGAUGUGAUGUGUCGUAUCACUCGAGUGUUUCUCCUUUCGUGUUGCCUCACUCGAGCGUGACCUGGGAUUAUGUUUCACGUGUGUGCGUGUGUGCGAGGUAAUUCACUGUACUCGUGUUAUGAUUCGGAUAUGCAUGUGCGAUUGUGCGAAAUAUAUGCUCGAGAAACAUUG